GUCCCUAAUGUACAUCAAGAGCAACAUCUCUCCUUCUAUUAUAGGGGGGAUUGCUGACUCUGACAAUGUUAAGACGUACCUGGCAAACAUUGAAUCGAACUACAAGGCGUGUACCAAAACCUAUGCCAGUACUCUUAUCAUGAAAAUGGGCUCUUCUGUCUAUGAUGGAAAGAAAGGCAUCCGACAACACAUCAUGGAAAUGUCACACAUGGCUCAUCAACUAAAAACGAUGGACAUGAAAAUUUCGGAAGCCUAUCUUGUUCAUUUCAUCCUGAACUCACUAAACUCUGAUUAUGAUCCGUUCAAAAUUCACUACAAUACUCAAAGAGAAAAGUGGACCAUUUUAGAGCUUAUCUCCCACGCAGUGGAAGAGGAAGAGCGUCAAAAGGCCAAAAGGCAGAAACACAUUGGCCAGCUCAACCUCGUCAACUCUAAGGGCAAGAGGAAGUUCCAUCAAGGAGAAGCCUCUGGAUCAAAGAAAAAGGGCAAGCCACCUCAUCCUCCGAAACAAGGAGGGAGUAAGGCUGCUCAAUCAACUGCUCAACCUUCAGCUGGGCCAAAAUUCAAGAAUCCUCACUGCACUUUCUGUGACAGUGAUGGACAUUGGCACAAAGACUGCCCCCGCUUCAAGGAGUGGUUGGCCCGUAAAGGGAUUGAAUGGCGUCCAGACGCUAAGAAAAGGGGAGCACAUCCUAGGAGUAGCUGAUGGAGCAGAGAUUGAAGUGGAGGCUGUUGGAGACCUCGCACUCAAGCUUCCCAGUGGCUACAAUUUAAUACUUAAUAAUGUCUUAGUUGCUCCUUCCGUUAAAAGAAAUCUUAUUUCAGUCAGGGUCCUAGCAGAGUCAGGAUAUGACUGUUAUUUUUCCAAGAGAACUUGUUACAUUAAGCAUCUAAAUAAAGUAAUUGGU